AUGUCUGGCAUUGAGAUCAUCGGUAUUGCAGCCAGUAUCAUACAGGUCGCAGACCUGGGCACUUCUCUAUCCGUCAAGUUAUUCUCAUUUUACCGACGAAUAAAAAAUGCCAACGAAACUAUACAGCUCUUGUCAAACGAAGUCGCACUUGUCAGUGCCAUUUUGCGUGAGCUAGGUGAUAAUUUGAAAGGAGAGAAAGCAUCUGAGCUUUGCUCGGAUGAGGCAUUUCAAACCCUGCAAUGUGUUUUAGUGCAGUGUCGCGGUGUGCUUCGACAAAUUGGAAAAGUUGUCGAUAUGAAUGAUCAGUCUAGCAAAACCCGGCUACAACAAGUCACGGGGAAAUUUAAGCUAGUUCUGCUAGAACCGAGCCUGGAUCCCUUGAAAGCCGACUUAGACAGGCUCAGGUCAACAAUGCUCCUCCUGCUCAAUGUCAUUAUGUUUGCUGGGAAGGUUCGCAACCACGAUCUGCCGAAUGACCAAGAGCAACGUGCUUUGAUAGAAACACUGUUACAAGAAAAACAAAUUGAAAAAGAUCGUGGAAACAGCUCUCUACCGACCUAUCAACAGGCUCAGCAGAUACUUGACUCAAAAAUGACAGACAAUGCCCAUGAAGGCGAGUUCACCGAGGUAAAUGAGUACAAUGCCUUGAUCUACAAAAUGCUGCAAGAAAUUGAAUCCUGCAAAUCAAAACUCGAGGACAGCCGCUGUUCAAGGAUAAGGAAAGGUGUUUUGAGCAUACAUGACAACGAAAUCAUUCGAUUUCAACUCACUCAUGGUCAUUCUGUUCUCCAUCGUUUCGACAAAUCACUGCUAGUUAGCGAGGAAGAUGAAUCGAAAAUUCCAACAGCUCACACUUCGGAUCAUGUUGAUAAACCGGCGCCAAAGAAAGUUUCAUCACAAACUGCAACCCAGCAUCAAACACAGCAUCUGAUCUCAACACCUAUCGCAUCAUCGGCGGCAAAGUCAAUGAAGUGGGUUUUUGUGACCACAGAUGGCUUAAAUUUCCGUCUAGUUGAGAUAUCCGACCUCCCUUCGGUUGAGGCUUUACGUGCAAUGAUCUGUCAGAAUCUUGGGAUUUCCGACUGGGUUAGUGCGCAAAUCUUCCUCGCUGAGCCUGGUCAACCCAAAAACGAAGAACCCAUGAGUGAUACCGAUCUGACGUCUUAUUGUUCGAUAAAAUCAGCCCCUGGCGCUCCAUUGAAGCUAUUUGUGCGAGGGAUCUUUUCCAACCUUCCUUCACCCAACCUCGAUCCUCUUACACCAAUCUCCCGACAAACGACGCUUAAAGUCGCUUCUGUCGAGACAUAUCCUACAGAAAGCAUCCGAGACUCCGGCAAGAAGAACAUUCCAAACCCGGAUUGUAUCUCCUGUAAGGAGCCCGAUUUACUCAUAAGUAGGCGGAAGCAGAAGGCUCAAUAUUUCUCUGAUGAGAAAAACGCUUCUGGUGACUCUGGCUAUAAGCGCACAGAGGUUCUCGAACACAAGCCCAGUCCACCGAUUGCGCCGAAUGAGUCCCAAACACUCACCAACGCCGCCUCCCCGAAUCAAAGACCAGUUCAUCAUGGCUAUGACUAUUCUCGGGCCCGGCUAGCAGUCGAAACGCAUCACCUGGAAGCCGCGCCUGCAAGUGUAGAUCGAGCGAGCAAUGCCAUUGGCACACCGUUGCCUGAUCCUAUCUGGGAGCCUGAUCAGUCUUCUGCACUCCAUUCACCUGCAGCUUACUCCCCUGCCUCGCCUGCGUAUUCCCCUGCCUCGCCUACGUAUUCCCCUGCCUCGCCUGCUUAUUCUCCUAUAUCGCCAUCCUUCUCUCCCACUUCGCCGUCUUUCUCUCCUACUUCGCCAUCUUAUUCGCCUGCAUCACCCUCGAGCAGACCAAAGUUUGAUCCUCGAUUACAAGAUUUUGUACAAUCGCGGAAAACAUCUGACAAGUCUGAUCACGAAGCCAAAGAAGAUUCUCCCGAUUCCCCCUCUGCGAUGAAGAUACCGAUUGCCCUACCAGAGAGCUUUGAAGAUUUACUUUUGCGCUGGACCAAACUUGGACUCAAUGAAGUUGAAGCGCUGUAA